AGCAGCAGAGGCACUGACCACUGGGAACCUGCCUUGCUGUGCCCACUCUCACGUCUCUGGUUUCCCCGUCCAGCAUGGCCAAGCACCCACUGCCGCUGCUGCUGGCCGUGUGGGUGCUGGUCGGGGGGCCGUGGCUGGAAGCCGAAUCCCAGGAAGAAUCUGACGAAGUGAAGGUUUGCGGCCUGGACUUGGCCGAAACAAUUAUCAGCAACUGCGAAAAAGUCCAACAGAGGCGGUCGGACGACCUGGCCCAGGAAGCUAUGGGGGAUGCCUUCCCACACACUGAGCCCUAUGCACACAGCCAGCUGGGAGAGGCGGCAGGCUCCAGUGACUGGCGGGUCCUGACCAAGCCCGCCCAGGAUUCCUAUGGAUCUCUGCGGGUCACCCGAGAAGGAGACGAAGCAGACAGGGGUAGCCUCCUCAACAAGUGCUGCAAUGAUGGUUGCACCAAGACGGAACUGAUGAUAUUCUGCUAGACCAGGGGACUGGGCAGCUGCGGUGCCACGGCCAAUGCGAAUACCUGUCUCUGGCCGCUCAUACAUUCACAGGGGACAGAUCAGAAC